AUGGCGGAUCCGGGCUCGAGCGAGGCGCAAGGCGAGGCGGGUUUGAAGGAGCGCGGCAACGCGGAGUUCAAGGCGAAGAACUUCCUCAAGGCGGCGGCAAUCUACACGCAGGCCAUUAAAGAGGCGCCUGACAACCACGCGCUCUACAGCAAUCGGUCGGCGGCGUUCCUGCAGCUGUCGAAGCUCACCAAGGCGCUGGCGGACGCGGAGGCCGCCAUCCGCCUCAACCCCGCGUGGGAGAAGGGCUACUACCGCAAGGGCUGUGCGUUGGAGGCCAUGAAGCGCUACGACGAGGCGUUGGAGGCGUUCAGGGAGGCGGCGGAGAGGAGCCCCGGCAGUGCGGAGACGGCGGGCAAGCUGCGCCUGCUGUCCAAGCUGGCGCGCGACCACAAGCGAUCGCACCCCUCCUCGUGA